AUGAUGUCAGCCAGAUUCAUAAACAACAGAAACCAAACAGAUGUUUCAGAAUUCCUUCUCCUGGGAUUGACAGAUGAUCCAGAAUUGCAGCCUCUCCUCUUCUGCCUGUUCCUGUCCAUGUACCUUGUCACCAUCCUGGGAAACCUUCUCAUCAUCCUGACUGUCCUCUCUGAUUCCCACCUCCACACUCCAAUGUACUUCUUUCUCUACAAUCUGUCCUUUACUGACAUCUGUUUGAGCACAACCACAAUCCCAAAGAUGCUGAUGAAUAUCCAAGCACAGGAUCAGCACAUCACUUACACAGUCUGCCUCAGCCAGGUCUGCUUUGUCCUGGUUUUUGCUUGUUUUGAAAAUGGCCUGCUUGCAGCAAUGGCCUAUGACCGCUAUGUGGCCAUUUGUCACCCCCUGAUGUACACAAACAUCAUGAACCUCCGUCUCUGUGGACUGUUGAUUCUACUCUCUUUGAGCAUUAGCAUUGUGGAUGCCCUGCUCCACAGUCUGAUGGCUUUGCAGCUGUCCUUCUGCACUGACUUGGAAAUCCCGCACUUCUUCUGUGAACUUGCUCAGGUCAUCAAGCUCGCUUGUUCUGAUUCCUUCAUCAAUACCUUCCUGGCUAAUUUUAUGGCUAGUGUAUUGAGUGGUAUUUCUCUCUCUGGAAUUAUUUUUUCUUAUAUUCAAAUUGUCUCUUCUCUUUUGCGAAUGCCAACAGUUGGCAGAAAAUAUAAAGCUUUUUCCACUUGUGGGUCUCACCUCUCUGUUGUUUCCUUGUUCUACGGGACAGCUGUUGGUGUGUACAUUAGUUCUGCAGUUACUGACUCUUCCAGGAAGACUGCAGUAGCUUCGGUGAUGUACACUGUUGUUCCUCAAAUGGUGAACCCUUUUAUCUAUAGCCUGAGGAACAGGGACAUGAAGGGAGCCUUGAGAAAAAUAAUCAGUAGAAUAACUUUUCUUUAA